GGUCGUUUGGCGCUACUUUCAACGACCCUUCCCUUUCAAACUCGAGUUUCACAUCUCGUAUGAUGUGUGGGGAGAAGGAACUGAGAUCCUGAGAGAAUACGAAAAAAAGCCCAAUGAAGAUCCUCGGCGUUCCUCGACCGACCUCUCAUUUCUUCCCCGCCUCCAAAGCUCCAGUGGAGAUGGCGGAACUCCUGACUGUUU